GAAACCCAGACCGCCCCGGACGAAACCCAGACCGCCCCGGACCAGGGCCAGACCGUACCGGACGAAACCCAGACCGCCCCGGACCAGGGCCAGACCGCCCCGGACGAAGACCAGACCGCCGAUGAACCUGAACCCCAACACCAGGGAGAAGGCUCAGGCCCUUUGGUGGCCUGGCUGCCUCAGACCGCAGACGGGCCCCCCAGGAAGGACCUGGCCCAGGUCGUGGGGAACCUGAAGGUCCGUGUGAAGGGAGUCAGGAAGCUGAGGGCGAAAGCAGAAACCAUGGACCCAGGCCAGACCCCCCAGGACCCAAACCAGCUCCCCAAUGUGCCUGACAGCCCCCCCACAAAGCCCCUGGCCCAGGUCAUGGGGAACCUGAGGUUCGGGCUGAAGGGCUUCAAAAAGCUGAGGGUUAAACCAGCAUCCACCUCCCGGCUUGAUGAGGAGAAGCCUUUGGGCCAACCUUCAGGCCGGAGCCCCUUGCCUGGCCAGACCGCCCCGGACCCAAGCCAGACCGCACCGGACCCAAGCCAGAUCCCAGAGGAACCUGAACCCCAACACCAGGGAGAAGGCUCAGGCCCUUUCGUGGCCUGGCUGCAUCAGACCGCAGACGGGCCCCCCAGGAAGGACCUGGCCCAGGUAGUGGGGAACCUUAAGGUCCGGGUGAAGGGGGUCAGGAAGCUGAGGGCGAAAAGAGAAACCAUGGACCCAGGCCAGACCCCCCAGGACCCAAACCAGCUCCCCAAUGUGCCUGACAGCCCCCCCACAAAGGCCCUGGCCCAGGUCAUGGGGAACCUCAGGUUCCGGGUGAAGGGCCUCAAAAAGAAGAGGGUUCAAGCACCAACCACCUCCCGGCUCGAUGAGGAGAAGCCUUUGGGCCACCCAUCAGGCCGGAGGCCCUUCCCUGGCCAGACCGCCCAGGACCCAAGCCAGUCCGCCCCGGACCCAAGCCAGACCGCCCCGGACCUAAGCCAGAUCCCCGAGGAACCUGCAGACAGGGCCCCGACAAAGGACCUGUCGAGGAACAUGAGGGUCCGGGGGAGGGCACCAAGAAAGAAGAGGGUCAAAACUGAUACCACCGCCCUGACGGAGCAGGAGGAGGAGAAGCCUUUGGGCCGCCCUUCACGCCAGAACCCCUUUAGGCGCAUCAAGAUGGCCUGGGCCGACCCAAAGGCCGUCAUCACCACCGUCGCCCCCCCGAACACCCCUGAGCAUCAGAAUCUGGUCAUCGAGGCCGAGGAGGAGGGGGAAGCCACAGCUCAGGCUGAGGGGACGGGCCUCAGGCCCCGGGUCAACAAGUGGCUGAACCGUAGAAUGAAGGAAAUGUCCACAUUCGCGGCCCGGUUCCAGUGUGGGUUGUGUGUGCACUAA